GCAAUGCAUGCGAGCCACGCGCGAGCAGUUGGUAAAGCUAUUACGCGACGAAGAUAUUGAAAAAAAAACGUGGAGGCAGAAAAUAUAAAAUAAAAUAUAACACAGUGUAACUUCGCAUCAUAUAGUUACAUUUUAUCAAAAUAUCACAUAAUGCAAAGAGAGGAGAAACAAUUGGAUUCAGCUUUGGAGGCUAUCAUAAUGCGAGUGAACGAUCUCAAGACUGCGAUCGCCGCGAUGAUCUUCAAGCUGGAACACGAGUACGAAACUUUGAACUGGCCGAAUUUUCUCGACAAUUUUGCUCUCAUUUCGGGCCAUUUCAGUAGUCUCUCGAAGAUUCUCAGCCACGACAAAGCGCCGAAUCUCAGGAAUCUGACAGUUUUGCCGUUACGCUUAAGUCCAGAAAAGGAUGAAGAACUGCUUCGACUGACUGAAGGUAGAAUUCCUACGUUCGCACAUGACUUGGUUCCAGAUUACUUGAGAACAAAGUUAGAACCCCAAGCGGAACAGAAGAUGAUGCAGUUGGAAGCCAAAGCUGCGAAUGUUAACAUUGACACCUCACAUGACUACAAUAAACAACUGACACAGUACACAAAGGUAAUUAAUCAUGUGUUGGAAAUAACGAGUAAGGCACGUGAGGAAUGGGAGAGCGAGGCUGGAGCCAGGGCAACGCAAGCGCAGACUUACAGCACCGCAGACACUCACACCCUGUUAGGUGCAGUUUACGCCGGUAAAGGACUAAAGACUGAUUCUAUACAAAUGGUUCAAUCCGGUGUGAGCCCAGUACCUAAUAGCAUGAUGGUAGGCAGACCGGGCAAUCAGCAGCAGACACCAGGCUUGGGCAAUCCACCAAUGGGACAAAUGAACAAAGCUCCAAGUGCAAUAAAAACAAAUAUCAAAGCGGCAUCGCAAAUUCAUCCCUACAGAUAAGGAGUAUACAAUAUUUAUAAGAUUUAGAGACUAGUAAUAGUAAUAAUAAGAUUUAAAGACUAAUAAUAAUAAUAAUACACUGGUAUGUUCCUAAGAUUAAUUAAAAAAUAAGUUUCACCACAUGAUCUAAUUGAAUAUGUAAAUAGGAUCUAAGAAACUUUUUUUAAUAUACAUAUAAGAUGUGAAAAACUUGCCA